CUCCUCCUACCAAAUUAUCCAAACUGGGCAGGCUUUUGCUCUCUUCACAAAUAGAACACGGCUCUCCAACACAGGCAGUCCCAAUCUGACCUUCAAGCACACGGAACCCUGUAACGGGAGAUCGGUGGGGGACUGUCGAGAGAAAAAUACCCAAUCUAAACUUCUGCCAUUUUAACCGUUCAUCGCCAUCAUCAUCAGUGCGUGUACUGGCACCCACCGUAUCAGCUGGACUAUACUUUUUCUUUUGGUGACAAGACAUUCAGGGGAGAGGAAAACAAUUUAUUCCUGCCUUGACUUCUCCCCGUUCCUCAUCUCUACACCGAGUUGUAUUCGUUUUCCCCCAGUUUGCUUUGCACACUUGCAGAGGAGGUAAGCUGAGCUGAGUGUGCCUCUUGUGUGUGUAUGCCUGUCUCGCAGCAGAACCAGUCGGAUGCUCUGAGCCUACCGGACGCAGAGCUGUAUAUGGAAGUUGUGGGCUAUAAGGCAGAAGCGAGCUGUUGCACAUUGCGUCGUUCAAGAGCGGGAGCCAUGCUGUUCCACGGGAUCUCCGGUGACCACAUCCAGGGCAUCAUGGAGGAGAUGGAGAGGAGAUCCAAAACCGACUCGCGCCUGGCCAAGGGCGUGCGGCUCAACGGAAGAGAAGCGACCAUGCCUUCCAUGGGCCCUGAGAAACCCGCGUUGUGUGCCGGCUGUGGAGGCAAAAUAUCGGAUAGAUAUUAUCUGCUCGCUGUGGACAAACAAUGGCACCUACGGUGCCUCAAAUGCUGUGAAUGUAAACAGCAUUUGGAGUCAGAACUCACGUGUUUCGCCAAGGAUGGUAGCAUCUACUGCAAGGAUGAUUACUACAGAAGGUUCUCCGUGCAGAGGUGCGCUCGCUGCCACCUCGGGAUCUCAGCAUCUGAGAUGGUGAUGCGCGCGAGGGACUCCGUAUACCACCUGAGCUGCUUCACGUGCACCACGUGCAACAAGACCCUGACGACAGGCGACCACUUCGGCAUGAAGGACAGCCUGGUGUACUGCCGGGUCCACUUCGAGACCAUAUCCCAGGGAGAGUACCCCCACCCUGGCCUCAACUAUGCCGAGAUGGCGGCUAAAGGUGGAGGUCUGGCGCUGCCAUACUUCAAUGGCACUGGAACGGCCCAGAAGGGAAGGCCUCGGAAGAGGAAGAGCCCCGCCAUGGGCAUAGACAUCACUAGCUACAACUCAGGUUGUAAUGAGAAUGAUGGGGAACACCUGGAUCGUGACCAGGCCUACCCUCCAGCCCAGAAGAACAAGCGCAUGCGUACCUCCUUCAAGCACCACCAGCUCCGCACCAUGAAGUCCUACUUUGCUAUCAACCACAACCCAGACGCCAAGGACCUCAAACAGCUGGCCCAGAAGACAGGCCUCACCAAAAGAGUUCUACAGGUAUGGUUCCAAAACGCAAGAGCCAAAUUCAGAAGGAACGUUUUGCGACAGGAGAAUGGUGUUGACAAGGCCGACGGCACGUCACUCCCUCCACCCUCGUCCGACAGCGGCGCUCUGACACCCCCCUCCAGCGCGGCCACACUAACAGACCUGACCAAUCCCUCUAUCACUGUAGUGACCUCCGUCACGUCUAGUUUGGACAGCCAUGAUUCGGGGAGCCCCUCACAGACUACCUUGACAAACCUUUUCUAGCAAGCUCUACGACUCCUCGCUCUUAACUCAUUUUGUUUUUUUCCCCCCAAUUUGCAAUGAUAUAUUUUUAAACAACAUCUUUAAAGAAAACAGAGACAGUUCCAUGGAUACAUAAAGUACGGUACUGUACUGUACACACAACAGAAAGCAGCAAGAACAUCGACAACAACAACAGCAACAUUUAAUCAGGAGAUUAUUUUGAUGUGUAGCAUUUGCAACCGCUUGGCAGCUGAGUUUGUAGUCAACCUAUUUAGUGAUUGGUCUUGUGUCGAGGACGUUUUGAAUCUGGAAGGCAUUGACAAAUUAUUAUAGAGGGUACCACAAUCUGGGUCAGAGCCCAAAAUUAAGUUAUUUAAAUGGUAAUAGUAUAUUAUUUUUACUUGAUUUAAUUUAAUUUGUUCAUUUGAUUUGAUUUAGUCUAAAAUUGAUCCCGGCCUGAUAAUUCAUUUAAAAUCAUUAAUACUAUGUUAGUACUAUCCUAUUUAAGGCAUAUUUUGAUAUUUCCUUUUUUAAUUUUUUUUAUCUUUUAAAUAUGAAUUUUCAGAAUGUUGUGUAAAAGAUCAUUCAGAGUUAUCCUGGAUGUUAUAAGACAUUGGAGCAUUAUAGAGAUGAGUAAUUUCCCGUCUCUAAAUUAACGUUGUACAACAAAACAAACAUUACAACUCUAAUGCCAGGUGGCUGCGGUGACGUCAACAUGCAUUUUGUCUUAACAUGAUACAUCUCAACUGUGACAGAAAAGAAUAAGAACAGAACACAUCUCUAGAUCUGUACAGUGGUAACUGUCCAACAUGUAAUGCAGUCACGUUGAUAUUAGAAGGAGUUCAACAAUAUAAAUCAGUGAGUAAAAUUCUGAUUGGGACAGAGUUCACGGGCACUGUUUGAAAUUAUUGUUUCCAUGGUACUUUUACUAAUCUGUUGGCCUCAUUUUACAUACCAAACACACAACUGGAAAAACAAUUCUGUUGGCCUCAUUUUACAUACCAAACACACAAAUGGAAAAAAACGUAGUUUAUCUGGAUUCAGCGAGCCCGUAGAAUGACUGUUAAAUACAAUUGCACAGUGACAAUGUACUGGCCAAUGGAAAGUACAUUGUUAUUAUUAUUAUCAUCAUGUUUCUCAGGGUAAAGAAGGGUUGAUUCUGAAAAAGGUAAGAAGGUCGGAGAGGAAGAUUAUAACAAGUGAGGGAUGACGAUAUGGAAGAUUAGAUGUGUAGACCUGACAGAAACAUUACAAUGACCCCAGAAAAGCUGGAGAUAUUAGACAGCUAGUGGGACAAAGAAAUCAUCCUCCACGUUUUCUCCUUGGCCAUAUUUAAACUUUACCGACACUUGCUACUGAACAGACCAAUUAUCUUUUUCCUCUGGCUGAUUUCGGAGAAAGAGACACAAAAAGAAAUAGAAGGAUUUCUUUCUGACGGGGUUCAACUUUUAUUUUUUGUCUCCUGGGCAAGCUGUUUAAGGUCGUUGGCGUCGGGUUGUGGUUGAUAGCAAAGCAGGACUACAUGGUGCGAAUUAGGAGAAAGAAAAAGAGAGAUUCCUGGCUGCGGGCUUCAAACAUUUUUUAUUGUAAUUGUCACAAUUUGUUCUAUUGUAGAACAUAGCGUUACUCUCAAUCUACUUGAUGAAGUAGAUGCUUAACUCAGUUCUACUAUGUGCCUUAUGCUAUAACUUGGAAGAAAGUUUGUCAACUUCAGGAUUUAUAUGUUAUUGUUUGUUGACUGAUUCACAUCUUUUUGACGCCUCACUAGUUUUGUACUGUUUUAACAUCUUAUUUCUGAAGAUCUUUUUAUGGUGUAUCCUGUUAGAAAGGGGGCAGCGGUGUCUUAGAAAGCAGCACUCUUUCAGAUAUAGUUGGUUAAUCCAAUAAUAUUCAUGUUUAUAGUUGAGUACACUAAGUGUUCUAUCGAGAUUGUCCAUGUUUCCCUGUUUCUUGACAAAGAUGGUGUAUAGAAACUAUUUCCUCUUAAAUAUUUAUGGACCAAACGGUUGUUAUAUAUCUUAUUAAAUUUUGUGUGAAUAAAAAAAUACUUUGUUUUAAA